CAACAAUAACUAAAAACACAUGAAUAACAUCGUUUUAAAUAUAAGAAAUUGUAUUAGAUUAAUUAUUGUGGUAAUAAAGAAUACUUUAAAGUGGACCAAACGUUAUUAGCUUGAGUUUCUUAUAAUUUUUUUUUUUGUUCAGAUUGUUUUUUUUUCUAUGUUUUUUAUAUUCUUUACGUGUAAAGUCGUGUUUCCUCUUUUCUUUUUUAUUUAUGUACAUUUAAAAUAUAAAAAAAACAUGUUCAAUGUUAUAUUUUUACUUGGUAAAAAUAAAAGGGUUUCUUACAAAUUUUAACUUUUUCUAAUGUAGCUUAUCUAUCUGUGCUAUCAGUAAUUUUGUGUACUUUUAAAAAAAACUAUUCAAUUCGGGAAAAAAAAAUAAAAUUUUAGUUGCAAUUUUUCAUAUUAACGGAAAAUGUGGAUAAAACUCCCUCAACUGCCAACAUUUUUUUUAUUUUAUUUUAUUUUAUUUUUUACUAUUUUUCUAACGGAUAAAAUAAUUCAAAUUUCUGUGUUUAAUGUAAAAAUGAAUGAACUCCACAAGCGCGCGAGCCUGCUAGCUUGCGUGCUCUAAGCCCCGCCCACGUGUUUUCCCCAGCGCGUGACACUCAAGGUGGGUGGUGUUGGUCGAAUAAACGCUGCCGCGCGCGCUGUCAGGAGCUGUCUGUCCGCAAAGGUAAUUUGAGGAUUUCACCUGUUCCGUCUCUGAUGGAAAACCGACAACAAGAGCGAGGACACCUAACUGCAGGUUUUCUUGACUCCGAGCCUCUAAGAGAGGCCGACGAGGAUGCAGCAUCAGAAGUCAACCUCAGUAACUCCGUCAUGACGGAGGAGGAGAGGGAGGAGAUCCAGGAGGAGCUGGCUAAACUGGAGGAGGAGAUCAGCACGCUGAAGCAGGUUUUGUUGUCCAAAGAGAAGCAGCACGCGGAGCUCAGGCAGAAGCUGGGCAUCACCCCCCUGAGCGAGCUCAAGAACAACUUCAGCAGAGGCUGGCAGGACAUGCAGAGCUCUGUAGCAUUUAAGAAAACUUCUGAGACAUUAUCCACAGCAGGCCAGAAGACGUCAGCGGCCUUCAGUACCUUCGGCAGCGCCAUCACGAGGAAGCUUGGAGACAUGAGGUCCAACUCAAUCGGAUACUCUGUCAGACAUUCAGUGAGCAUGCCCACCAUGAGAAACUCUCCCAGCUUUAAAACCUUUGAGGAAAAAGUUGAGAGUACGGUUUCCACUAUCAAGACCAAAGUUGGAGGUUCAGGCCCCGGCGGUAACUUUGAGGAAGUCCUCUCAUCUGCAGCGAACGCCAGCUCUCAGGACACGCCGAGCAACAACCUGACAGACGUCCCCGAAGGGCCGUGCUGAAGAGCUGAACCACCGACCCGGACUGAAGCCUCAAUCUCUGCUGAAACAGCACUUUUCUUCUUUUUAGUUCUUAAUGAAGACAAUCGGGAGUUCUGAGGAGAUUAAAAUCUGACCAAAAACGACUCGUUUAGCUUUCAAAAACACAUUUAUUAUUUAUAAAGCUGCAUUUUUGGAAUAAAUUAUUUCAUAUCAGCUGUUUUAGCACCAGAUUUCCACCGUCUCUUUUUAAAUAAAGAUUUCUUUAUUUUGAAUAGAUGUC